AUGGUCAAGAAUGUUAUCAGAGAGUUUAGCAAGCAUAACUACUCGGGUAUUGAGAAGAAAACUGCGCAAGCCCACGAGAAGUUGAUUCAGGCUCAGGCAGUUAUGUUAUCUUCUCCUUCUACUACUAACGCCUCCAUAGAACUCUCUGCCCAGAAGGAAUGGGAAGAGCUGUCUUCUGUUGAAGCUGCUUUCUUCUACCAGAGGUCGCGUAUAAACUGGCUCUCCCUUGGUGAUGGAAACUCCACGCUGUUUCACAGAUAUGCUGCCUCGAGACAGGCUUUAAACCACAUCCAUUUCCUGUUCUCUGAGGCUUGUGAGCGCAUUGAUUCUCAGGCCGGGAUCCAACAACUUUGCGUGGACUAUUUCUCUGAGUUACUGGAUAGCCCUAUCUCCCAGCCUAUGUUUAUUCAGAGCGAUCUAGACCUGCUGUUUGAUUUCAAAUGUUCAGAGGAGCAAGCUGCGGGUUGUGGCAAAGGCUUCUCUGCGGCUGAUAUAAAGGAAGCGUUCUUCUCCCUGCCGAAAAAUAAAACAGGGGGUCCUGAUGGUUAUUCCGCUGAGUUCUUCACGACAAUGUGGUUUGUCAUUGGACCUGAAGUCACCGAAGCCAUCAUGGAAUUCUUCAGAUCAGGGAAGUUGCUCAAGCAAUGGAACUCUGCUAAUUUGGUGUUAAUUCCCAAGAAGCAAAACACAUCUCUUCCCACAGACUUUAGACCCAUCUCAUGCCUCAACACGGUUUAUAAAGUCAUCUCCAAGCUACUGGCUUUACGUCUUAAGGAGAUCCUACCCCUAAUGAUCUCCAAGGCACAAUCCGCUUUCCUCCAUGGUCGGCUUCUUGCAGAGAAUGUGCUCCUCGCCACUGACCUGGGCGCUGGCGAUUCCAGAAACAUACAUUGGGCUUAUCAAGGAGUGUCUAUCGACAGCAUCCUUCUCUGUCUCCGUCAAUGGCGUCUCGGGAAGCUUCUUUUAGAAUAUGAAUCAGGCUGCAUAGGCUACCACCCAAGAACGGAGGAGAUAAAACUCUCACACCUCAUGUUUGCGGAUGAUGUAAUGGUGUUCUUUGAUGGGUCUAGCAACAUCCUACAUGGAAUCUCUGAAUGCCUUGACGACUUUGCUUCGUGGUCGGGACUACAGAUGAACACCACAAAGACGGAUCUAUUUAUUUCGGGUCUGGACCAGAGUGAAACCGCUGCUAUUAGUAGCUAUGGUUUCCCAUCUGGUAAACUCCCUAUUAGAUACUUAGGCCUCCCUUUGAUGAGCAGGAAACUGAAGAUAUCUGAAUACGCCCCUCUAAUGACCAAACUAAAUAUGAGCUUUCAUGCAUGGUCCGCUAAGCUCUUAUCAUUCGCGGGAAGACUGCAAUUGCUCAAGAGAGUCACCUUUGGCACGAUCAACUUAUGGGCCUCAGCUUUUAUCUUGCCAAAAGGAUGCAUCACAACUAUCGAAUCUCUUUGCUCGCGCUUCCUGUGGUCUGGCAAUGUAAAGAGGAGAAGCAUAGCAAAGGUGGCUUGGACUAGUGUAUGUCUCCCUAAGGUGAAAGGGGGUCUCGGCCUAAGGAGCUUUACGGCAUGGAACCUGGUGCUGUGUUUAAAAUUUAUGUGGUUGCUACUGUCAAAAGCCCCCUCUCUAUGGGUAGAAUGGCACUGGAACAUCCACCUAAAUGGUCAAUCAUUUUGGAAAAUCAACGCCUCCUCAACAGACUCUUGGGCCUGGCAUAAGCUGUUGGAUUUGCGUCCACUGGCGCUUCAGUUCUGCAAGUCCAAACUAGGAAAUGGUCACUCAACAAGUUUAUGUGAUGUUGAGGACUCUUAUGAUUGGGUGGCUGGUGACUCUUCUAUACGUGAUUUCAGGUCCUCCACAACCUGGGAAGUACUUAGGCUGAGACAAGACAUCAAGCUAUGGGCGGACGUUGUUUGGUUCAAAAGCGCUAUACCGAAGCAGAGCUUUACCAUGUGGGUCGCGAACUACGACAGACUACCAACGCGAGCAAGAUUGGCAACUUGGGGCUUACCUAUCUCUCCACUCUUCCCUUUCUACUCUAAUUUUGAUGAAACCAGGGAUCAUCUACUACUCUCUUGCGAGUACAGUCGUGAAAUUUGGCAGGGGAUCUUCAGCAGGUGCCAACCACCUUCAACGAUGUUCACCGACAGGGCUAAGCUACUGUCAUGGAUCAGAGCCGCAUCUUCAGCAAGGUUAACUCUUCUAAGGAAGCUGGCGGUCCAAACAGCGAUCUAUCACUUAUGGAAGCAGAGAAACAAUUUGAUUCACAAUCAAAUUUCAAUCCCCUCUGUUUCUGUGUUCAGAGCCAUUGAUAGAGAACUGAGAAACAUCAUCUCAGCAAGGAGACAUAAAAAACUUUGA